CCAAAAAGGUGCCUUUGUCCUUCCUCCCUUUCAGAAGAGAGAGACAGAAGAGAGAGAGAUGUGAGAGAGGGAUAGAGAAGUGAGAGGUAGAUGUGGCACUGAGGGACGAGGUUGGUGGACAUAGUGGUGAUGGGCUGAUGAUUGCACUGGAUGAUCUUAGAGGUUACUUACCUCUGGCAGGCUGGAAGAAGCCAAAAAAUACUGCCUCAGCCAAACCAGACAGGUUACAGGCAGUCCUGACUCAUGCUGUGAUGGACUCUGGGCCAGUCCCAUACAUCAUACGCAAGAGGCAGAGGCCAGGUAGGGCAGCUGGCACAGGGAUGUGGCAGCCAGUCUGCACGCAGGUCUGAGGGGCUUGGGGCUGCCCGCGCUGCCUUCACCUGGCAUAGAGCUGCAAACAGAAACAGAGCAUUCCCCUGACCUGCCUUUAGCUGGGGAUUUUCUGCAGCCUCCCAGAUCACCCCACUGCACCAGGAGCAGGAUAUUUAAGGGUCCAGCUAUGAGGAGGAGAGAAGAUUGUGCUGAGGACUUACAGGCUAGUACAGGGUCUUUUCUGUCAGAGAACACUAAGUAUUUCUCUCUUCCUAAAGCAUUAAGGAAGAAACAUGAACACAACAAGUGGUGAUUUAGCCAACCCCACGACCUGGCAAGAUGCUGGAGGUGAUUUUCCCAACUGCACCGAUGUAGAAGUCAGUCUGAAGACUUUGUACCUCCCUGUUAUGUACAGCCUCAUCUUUCUGGUGGGCUUCCCAGGAAAUGUUAUUGCAAUCAGUGUUUACAGCUUCAAGAUGAGGCCUUGGAAGAGAAGCACCAUCAUCAUGCUGAACCUGGCACUCACAGACCUACUCUACCUCACCAGUCUUCCCUUCCUGAUACACUACUAUGCCAAUGGGGAGCACUGGAUCUUUGGGGGAUUCUUGUGCAAGUUCAUUCGUUUUGGCUUCCACUUCAAUUUGUACAGCAGCAUCCUCUUCCUCACUUGCUUCAGUGCCUUCCGCUACAUGGUGAUUGUCCACCCUAUGAAAUUUUUCCAAGUCCAAAGAAAGCAGUGGACAGCAGUGGCCUGUGCAGCCAUUUGGGUGAUCUCCCUGGUGGCUGUCAGUCCCAUCAAUUUCUUGAUCUCCUCAAGAGAGGAGCAAAACAGAUCCUUAUGCCUUGACUUCACCAGUUCUGAAAACCUGGGUGCAAUCAGGUGGUAUAACUGGCUGCUCACCAGCCUGGCCUUCUUCUUGCCCCUGGUGACAGUGACUCUGUUCUAUGCACUUAUUAUUUCUGCCUUGGCCACAGGGCCCCAGACACAGGCUAGCCACAAACAGAAGGCUCGCAGACUUGCCAUCAUCCUCUUGGUGGUCUUCUAUGUGUCCUUCCUCCCCUUCCACCUUUUUCGGGUUGCUCGGGUUGAACUGCAGUUGUGUCCCGUCAGCUGUCAUGUUGAGAAGCAGAUUCACACCAUCUAUAUCAUCUCUCGACCUCUGGCUGCACUCAACACCUGUGGUAACCUUCUGCUGUACAUUGUGAUGGGAGAUAACUUCCAGCAGGCCAUCCUCUCACUCUCAUGGUGCAAGAGGAGCAAAUGCAUCCAGCCACCUGGGAGCAGUACUUAUAUGAACAAGUCAGAAAUCACCUUAAGGGUAUAGAAGAAUCCAUUGAAGAUAAUUCCAGCAAACCUGGGAUUGCUUUCUUGCCACAUAGGCAGGUGUAUGGAUACGGCAGUGAGAACUGCUGCUGGAUUCUCACACUCUGUAAUAAAGUGCUUGUCCAAAAAGUCAUCUCAGGAGCAGGCUUAUACAUACAUACCUCUGUUAGCAACUAAAAAAUAAAAUAAAAGAAAAUGAAAUAAAAUGAAAUGAAAU